UCAUUUUUUGACACUGACAGAAAGCGAGUUGUUUAGUGUGAAAAUUUAAAAUCAAUUUGUUUUGCUCGAUCUCCGUAGGUGUAUAAGGAUAAUUCAAUGAAAUUUAACAAUGUAGCCUGAAUACAAUAUAAAAAAUGUUGUGGUAUACCGGUACGCGGUAUCUUGUUUCGUGUUAAUAAUGUAAUUAAACUCCUGCUGUGGUCAUGUAAUUUUUUUCAAAAUAUAGUGCAAGUGGCUUAAUAUCAGAAUAACUAUUGCAAAAUGAAUAGAAAAUACGUGAAUAGUGACAUGGACUCCGGUUUGGGAAGUGACGAGGACCGUAGAGGCUCACGAACCAAAGAAGAGAAACAACUGCAUAAUCAACAACUCCUCAGUGGAUGCUUCAUUGAUGCUGCAUCCCUUUCAGACGAAGCAGAAAUGGUAGACCAGCGGAGAAACGAUGAAAGGCGUCAAGGUGCUUUGGUAUUCCAGUCCUCUAUACCUCAGUUUUCAAUGCUCCAAAUGUCUGACUCAACAGAAAGAACAGUUGAGUUUCCUUCUAGUAGUUGUGCGGGAAUCUUUCCAGACACUUCAACCCCUUUUAAUUCAAUAGUGCAGCUAAACAACACAGAGGAACAAGAACAAGCAAGAAAUAAGUCCCCUUUAGGGUUUUAUGUGGAUUUAAGUCAAGUGCUGGAUACUCCUAAAACACCACCUUCAGCCACCACCAAAAAAAACAUUUUUUCAAUGGUGAUUGAUUUUGAAGGACCCAAGAAAGAUAAACCAGUUAAACUAAGCUCUUCAUUUGUCUCUCACAAGAAAUCAAAGCCAAAACCGAACCUUUUAAGCAAGUGUAAUGGUAGUGGUAGUCUCUCUUCAAGUGUCAGCUCAGUAAAUUCAAUGUGUAUGGCCAGCACAAGUAGGCAAAGUGAGGAGCAAGACCCAAGACCUAAUAUCUCAAGCAUAACAGUCCUCAGUGCCUCUCUAGUUAAAAAUCUCUCUAUAUCCUCUAAAUCAUCAAGUGAUGAAUCAAGUGAUAGAAAUGUUAUUGAAAAAAGUGAAGAUGAACCUCUUGGAGAGUCACUUUUAUUACAAGACUGUGAGGAUGAAGGAUGUGUGUCUACAAAUGAAUUAAAUAUUAAAACUGCAGAUGAAAAUAAUUUUAAGGACAAUGUUAGAUAUGAAACCACGGAAAAGAGUCAUAGUCAAGAAGGUGACAGAGGCCAAGUGCAUGUAGAUGAUUCAAAGUGCGAGGAGCAAAUUCAGGCUGGUCCCCAUUUCGUGAAACUCUCGGACCUAGAAUGCCAGAAACCAAAAGUGGACAUCAAUUUCACCCCCCGGAUGAGCCGCUCUAUUCCGGAGAGCCACUGGGUGGAAAGUCCGUUUCUUAUGUCAAGAUCUGCCUGCUACAGAAGCGCUCCACAUCCUAUAGAACCAGAACCAUCUAUUCCAGAGAUUAAUUCGGAUAGCGACAGUGUUGUUACUAACUCGUGUCAACCGAAAAAAGCAGUACGCAGACUCGGCACUGACUUAUUACGCAUGUUUUUGGAAGAAAUUGGUCCGGACGUGGUCGUGGAGGUGGAUGGUCAUAAACUGAAAGCACACAAAUGCAUUUUAGCUUCGAGGUGCCAAUAUUUUGCUGCCUUACUCAGUGGAAACUGGCUGGAAAAGUCUGGAAAUGUUAUUUCUUUACAGGGCUUCUCGUAUGAAUCAGUAUACUUCUCCCUUUGCCACAUCUAUAGCGGAGCCGCCCAUGUCCCAGACUCCAUCAGUCUGGUGGAACUGGCAUCUUUAUCUGACAUGUUAGGUCUCGAAGGUCUUAAAGAAGUAGUUGAGCAUGCCCUAAAACAACGUCAUUGUCACAAUUUUCAUAAACCGUGUGCAGGUUGUUGUACUGGUGUACUAGAAGUUCUUCCUCUAUCUGCCGCUUACGGACUAGACGACUUGUACCAGAAAUGUCUACAAUGGGUCACGCAGAAUUUUGUCAAAGUGUGGCCGAGCAGGGCGUUCGCGAGCAUGCCGAGGGAACUUCGGGAGAAGUGCUACCAACAGCACGUGGUAAACAUGUCUCCUGAUAAAGUGUUGGAAACCACAGCGGCUUGUGAAAAAAUUUUGGCAACAUUACCUUCUAUGAGAUGGGCGGAGCCGGUUAGUCAAUUGGUGCUACAGCUGUCAGACGCUUGUCAUUUGUAUCACAGGCAACACUUCGCAGCAGUUCUUGGAUCGCCGUCCUUCCAUGCCUUAGACGCCGGGUUAGGUUUCGGCGUCUGCGAAGUAGAAGAUCAAAUGUUAGCAGCGGCGAAAAACUUAGGCGUUGAUCAAGCAUGCAGAAGUUACUCGCGGUGUUGCAAAAUGGUCGACGCUCAUUGGACCAGACCGUUUGCCGAUUUACUAAACAAGAUUAAAAUACAACUAGAACAAUGUUUGGUGAAUCAGGCUGACAGAUUGAUCAGGAGCAAUGCCUGGUUGAGAUUGGAUACAGUUUUAAGGAGCCGCAUUAAAGAAUUAUCUCCAUCAAUAGAACCACAAAGCCGACUUCCUCGUGCUGCACCGAUAAGGAAUAAAAAAUCUCCGGUCUUAUCGAAAAGUUCGAUUCAAACUACACUUUUGUCUUCUUCGGACUCAUCGAGGAACUCCAGUCCUGGAAUAAAUCAGGCGAGGUUACCCGGAGGAAGUCCGUCUUUAAGGAGGAGUCUUUUGUUGGCCGCCAAAGCGCCUCAGGUUCCACCCAGUCCAUCCACAAACCGUCGAAGUACAUUAACUCAGCCGACUGCGGCAAGUCAAGCGAGAUCAGCGGCGGCCGCCCAAUUACGCCAAUCCAAAAAUGCCGUGCCCAUCAUUUCAAACAGACCACCGCCUAGAACUGCUGCAAACGCCAAUAUUAGACCUUCUUCGAGUGGAAGUAUGAGGUCAUCCACUUCUACCACUACAAGCACCACAGGAAGACCGAGCUCUUCGCACUCCACUAGUAGCAAUUAUAGCCAGAGAACAUCAGUUUCAUCGAGUUCAAAACGGAGCUCCACUACUGUAUCCAGAAAUCCUAGCAUGGGGAAGAAGGACGUUUCAAGCGUAUUGAACUCUAGGAGACCCGAUAGCAGAAGUAGUUCCCCACUAAAAAGUGACAGUAGGACGAGUUCUCCAAGAAAAUUUGACAGCAGAGUGACAUCACCAAUUAAAGUGAACAUUCGAAGUUCCUCGCCAGUGAAAACGGCUGACAUAAAACCGCAAUCUCCGAGAAAACUCAGAAACAAUGAAGUUUUAAAGCCAGUUCCCAAACCAGUAGUAACACAACAGCCAGUAAUGCAAAGGUCAGGGACUUUUUUGAAAGAGGAACCGACGGUUUUGACGAAGGUAACGUAAGAACAUCCUCCCUCGUUCCUGCAGAAUUUUCUGCAUAUACCCCGUAACCUCCCUAGUCCAUCAAACAUUCCACAAGACUUUUUUUAGGUUUAGGUUUUUUAUUCGCUUAUGUUUUAGGCCUGAUUUACUUUGUAAAGCUGCGCUGCAUAAAGUGGUCAUUUAAAGAAAUUUCCUAGCUAAACAUUUUUUUUUGUUGUGAUAUACUAAAUUUAUGAUUCACUAGAAUAAAAGGAGGAUCAUUUAUAAUAGUUUAAAAUUAAGUACAUAAUAUCAAACUAGCUGUUUUACUUUAACAACUAAACUUCAGGAAAAAAGUACGUACAUUUGAAAGAAGAAUUAAUUUUAAGACAAAAAGAUGUAUUAAAUAUGGAUACUCAACGACUUAAAAAAAACACAAAUUUUACAUUAUCCCGAAAAAGAUAUUGCUAGCGGCAAUAGAACUUUUAAUAUUUAGAAGUUAUAAACAAUUUUUAUUCAUCCAUAAGUAAUUACAAAUUAUCAAUUUAAAGAGGAAAUAAAGCAUUAUUGGUAGAGAACCAAAUGCCUAUUCUUCCUAAAUAUCCUAUGAAGCAAUUUUAUCUAAUCUAAAGAUUUUGAACUAAAUAUACUACCAUAAAAUGGGGUUACUUGGGACAAAUUCACUUUAAUUUUUUCAAUAAUGUGGUAAUUUAUCAGAGUUUAUAGGGAGGAAAAGCGAUCAUCCCUUCGUAAAAAAUUUCUUUCAUAUGAACUUAAACUAUAUAGCACCAUAAAUGACUCCUAAUGUAAGAAUAUUUGUCAAAAAAUAUAUUUAUAUUUACUGUCCCAAGUAACCCCCCGCAUUGGGGUUAAAUGGGACUCUACCCGUUUUACGCCGAAAACGCAAUAAACUACUCAGUGGUUACUUGGGACAGCAGAAAUAUGAACAUAAUAGACAUACACAGACAACACAUCUUGUGUUGAAUUUUUUGCUUUUAUAAUUAUUUAGAGGAAAGAAAACCCUGAGUUGAUACGAAUUUCAUAAAUUCAUUUAUUUAUUUAUUACAAAAAUGCAUAUCUAGACACUUAAUAAUGGUAGGUACUUGUAACAUAGCUCUACGAUUUGUAUCGUAAUUAGGAAAAAGGAACUAAAAAAAUAAAUUCAAAAUCACAGCCUUUCGAUUUGUAUCGCAAGGAACAAUAGAAACUAAAAAAAUGUUCUCCAAACACAAAAAAAUAUCACAAGAACAAAAAAACUUUCUGUAAACCGAGAAAAAUGGAUCAUUAUUUGAGUUCUCCUUAUUGUAACCAAUCUGUAUUUUCUAAUUCAUUAAAUGUAUGGCGGCCUCUAGUAAUGCUCACGUUCGUUGCUUUGAGCAAUCUUACAAUUUUAUCCUCUGGGACAUGAAACUCAUCGGCUAAAUGUGGGAACACAAAAUGUUUGUUAUUUUUUGAAGAUUUUCUCAUAAAACUGCAAAAAUAUGAUUUAUGUCCGUCUUUAGUGUGGAUUGAUUUGACAAGUCUAAUAUAAUAUUUGUCGAGUUUCUUUUUUGUUCAAGCUGAAAAGGUAAAUUUGGCAAUAACAAAAUCGUCGAUUGAAAUUCCUACCUUUCUAAUUUCCUUAUCAAUGAUUUGUUUUUGUCCAUUUUGUUGGCUAUUAUUUCUUUCCUGGUUAAUCUUAUCUCGUAGUUCAACUAAUGUCAUGUUUUCCUCUAUAUCACUUUGGUCAAAAUCUUCUCGGUUUUCGUUUAUAUCCACAUUGUCAAAAUCUUCCCAAUUUUCCUCCAUAUCGACAUCGUCAAAGUCUCUCUGGCCAACUAAGGAUUCGGAAUCGUGCAAUGAAAACUGUUCGUCGUUCCCACUGCUCUCAUCUCCGCUAGAACUGCUAUUGCUAGAGCAAGCUACACUUAGUCCUGGUUGAACUUUUAAUUUCGUUUUUCGUUUAUUUUCUGGGAUUUGGUUUAUCCUUCUUUGCGAUACCAUAUCAGCAAAAGUUUCUGACCAUAAAGUGAUUGUACUACCAUCAGCACUUGGUUCUUUUCGAGGGAUACGUUUCAAUAUGCUGCUCAUCAUCAAGAGGAAAAAUGCCUGUUAUCCUAAAUCCACUUAUUAAAUUUUCCUCGAUCGUUAUGUUAAGCUUCUCUAGUGUCUCUGCUAAUAGACUGGGAAACGUAUCUUUUGGAAUACACCCUCUAUGAGACAUUUUCCAUUUAUUAAUCACUUGCCUUCAAUAAGUCUUCAAUGGUCGAAGCACAGCAACAUCUAGGGGUUGACAAAUAUGUGUACUGUUUGGUGGGAGUAACACAAAACGAAUAUUAAAUGCUUUGCAGAGGUUUAUCACAUUUAUAGAUAAAUGUGAAGCUAAGUUGUCCCCGAUUAACAUUUUUGGAACAUCCCUGUCAUAUUUUUGAAAGUAUUUUAGAGCAAUCUUGCUGAACCAAUCUUCAAAAAUCACCUCGUCAAACCAACCACUCUUCGAUCGGUUAUACCUGGUUCCUCUUGGACCUCCUUUCCGCUAAGUGUACAAAUGUUCAGCUUUGUAAGCGACAUAGCAUGGUUAGAGCUUUCCGGAUGCGGUCCCUGCAAACAUUACGGAGGUGCUGCUUUUGCCAGAGUCCAAUACUCUUUCGGGACGUUUACAGCCUCGCCUAACUAUGGCCUUCUGUUUCCCAGGGUCAUCGGUCAGAUUAGUCUCAUCAUAGUUUAUUAUUAGAUACGGUAAAUUUGAAAAUAUUUCCUUAAUACGUUUUCAUCCACUUCUGCCCUAGAUGAUUUGAUAUUUUCACAUAAUCUUGUGGAUAGCUCACCUCUGUGUUGACGCAAAAAUGAUAAAAUCCAAUCGGGCCCAGGGAAAUUUUCUUUAAAUCGUUUUUCUAUGACACCCUUAAUAUCCAGAUAUCGUUUCACCAUGCACCUUAUUUCAAAGUGAAAUAAGGGUAAUUCCCAUUCAGCUGUUGUGUGUAGUCUUCUGCCGCUUUUUUCAAAACUGUAGGUCUUCCCUAAAUUCUGCUUUGUACAUCUUCUCUGUAAAGUUGAUUUGGUUACCUUCCAUUUUUCAGAAGCUCUUCUAUAGGACAUUCCAGAUUGCACGUCUAUAUUUUUUCCUUCAGUCAUGAUAUUUUUUAGAGCCUACUUUGCGAAUAUAUUUUCUUGGCAUGUUGAUUCCUGAAAACAACCCAGAUUAAAGGUUUGUUCCAACCCAUCAAAAAACCGCCCUGAAACUGCGCAUGCGUGUGAAAACACUUUUGGGACCGUCUCGGGAGGUUUUUUGAUGGAUUGGAACAAACCUUAAAUAGUAUGGGGUAACUUGAGACACGGGCUAACAUGGGACAAUGGUUGUCCCAAGUUACCCAAAAUCAUGACCUUAUAGAAAAAUUUAGUUUAAAAACAAGGUCUAAAAGCAGGUAACAAUAUUGGCAAUAUUUAUAAAACAUACGAAACUAAAUAAAGAAAAUAAUUGGACUUACCUGUUUACCUUUCGACUACCUUUUCCAGAUAAAGUUUUAAACACUUAUUUUUGCCGUAUUUCUGACCACCACUUAUGUUUUUUUUUAUACUUCUGAAAUGUCAUCAAUUUAGAAAGAAUUAAUGUAAUUUAUUCAUUAACCUGUUGCUCUUCAACUACCGAAAACAUUAAAUUGAGGUUAUGUUUAUAUUUGCGUUGUUGCCACUAGCAAAAUUAGAACAUGAGAUGUUGCCUCCCAAAUAACCCCGACGCGACGUCCCAAAUGACCCCAUUUUACGGUAUAACAAAAUAAAAUGAAAAUAUUACUUUAAUAUACAAGUUUAAAUAUAUGUUCUCAGAAAAUUCUUUUUUGAAUACUAAAUGAAGCUUUCACUUAAAUUGUAAAUAUCAGUUUGGAAGGUGAGUCUAUUGCAAAGAUACUCUAAUAGUUUUUUUAGCUAGUUUAAAGAAGAGCAUUUAUUUUGUAAAAUAUAUUUUUUGCUAAUAUUUCACUAUCCACUAAUUUAUAAGAAAUGGAGUUAAGAUCUGACAUAAUUACAUGUAAAUAUUUUUUCAUUUCA